GUUAGUGUUGGCAUUGCAGACUGUGCCUCUCUAUUUAAGCGUGACACUAUAUUUUUCAUUUUUGUCCACACAUUUCAUAUAUAAAUUAUUUUAUUUUUCCUCUUAUACAUGAUCAAAUUUCCAAGUAUUUGGGAUAUUAAAAAAAAAAAAUGUUUCAUUUACAAAGUGAUGGGCUGUCAGUUGAGGCUAUACCUUCAUUCUAUGAUUGGCAGCAAGAUAAGGUGUUGGAGGACCUGCUAGCAGAUGAUUGUGCCCAUUUUGAGGGGAUUAAUGAGUGUAAGAAUGAAGGUGGAGUAGUCAAAAAGAGGCGAAGACCAGCUAUGAAAUCGAUGUGGGAUAAUGAUGGGGAUAAAGACACCAAUCACGAGACUCGGAGAAGCAUUCACCGGAAUUUGGAAAGGCAGAGACGGCAAGAAAUGGCCGGCUUAUACGCUUCUCUUCGUUCUCUUCUACCCCUGGAGUUUAUCAAGGGAAAACGCUCUGUAUCGGAUCAAUUACACCAAGCGGCAAAUUACAUUCGCUUCAUGCAAAAGAAAAUCGAAGAGAUGAAAAUCAGAAGAGAUAAGCUCAAAACAUUAAGUGCUAAUGGUCGUAAUAAAUCGGUGAUGAAUAAUACGGUGAAGGUAAUUCUAUGCAAGUUUGGGUUAGAGAUUUUAAUAAUGAGCACUUGCAGCCAGAAUAGUACUGAGGAACACUUUUUGCCCCUCUCCAAAGUCUAUGCCUAUUUGCUUCAAAAACCGGAGUUAACUGUAAUUAACUGUGUUUCUACACGAGCCGGGGAUGAAUGCUCGUCUCUCCAUAAGAUUCAAGUUGAGGUCGAUGAUCCUACAAGCGUUGAUUUAACUGCGCUUCAAACAAGGCUAGCAGAUGUGAUAAAUUAAAUUUGAUUAAUUUUGGCAGUGGCACUAUCUAUGAUUUGUGCAUAGUGUAUGUGUAUAUAUGUGAGUGUUUUCCUUUGCAGUUGGGACAUGAACUCUCUUGAUUUUUCUUGCUUAUAUUAAAAUGGUGAGUUGUUCAUUAAUGUUCUUGAUUGUUUUUGCAAUCUCUUUGUUCAUUGUUCAUGAUGUUGAACAAUUGGCAUGAAAACUAAUUUUG